AGACUCCGGUGCGCCGCGUCUCCCGCGGGCAGAGAAGUAGCUGCAACUCCGCUCCCCGGGCCCAGCCGCCUCCUCCCCGCCGCCCUCCCCCGCCCCCGCCCCCUCGCUCCCUCCCGCUCUUUGUCUCCUGGGCGCCCGGCUUCCUCGCCACGCGCCCCCCCCGCGACGCCUCUUCCCCGGAGACCCCCGCGGACCCCUGCCGACGCGACGCCGCGCGAAUCGUCCCUGCCAGGCGGGGGCCCCGCGUCCGGCCAGGCCUGGCGGGCGGCAGGGGCGGGGAGGGAGGUGGCGCUCGCUCUUCGCUCUUCUCUCUCUCUCUCUGACACACACACACACACGCACACACACACGCACACGCACACACACACGGAGCAUCCUCCCGUCAGGUCUCCUGGUCCAGCCCCGCCCGCGCCUCCUGCUUCCAGCGAACCUGUUCCCUCUCCCCACAUCCCCCGCCCUCCAUCUCCCCCGGCUCUGGGACCCUUCCCGCCGACCUCACCCCCACCCCCGGGAUGGAGCGGCUCGAGCCCGCCCGGAGCCCCCCGCGGCCGGGGUGACGGUCCCCCCACCCCUCUCCUGCCCGGCCCCCGCCUCGAGCACCAUGGGCCUGAGGGGUUCCCGGGGCGCCAGACGCUGAAGAUGACCGAUGCCGGAGCUCUCUUGAGUCAUGGCUUCUUCAAAGCUCCGAGAACCCGUGGAUGAAGUUUUUGACCUGGACUUGGCUGUGCCAGAGACAGCCAGACUGGACAGCAGUUUACACAAGGCCCGGGCCCAACUGUUGGCCAAGGGCCGGAGACACCGGCCGUCCCGCUCCAGGCUUCGGGACAGUGCCAGCUCCGCGGAGGAUGGUGAAGGCUCCGAUGGUCCCGGAGGCAAGGUGACCGAUGGCUGCGGGAGCCCCCUGCACCGGCUGCGCUCGCCUUUGCACUCAGGCCCGGGGUCCCCGGCCGGGGGCUCUUUCUGCCUGGAUCCUCCGGGGUUGCGGCACAGCCUGGACGAGGACGAGCCGCCGCCCUCGCCGCUCACACGCUACCGGCCCCUGCACAACGCUGCGUCGCACGAGGGCCUGGCCGCUGCCUCCUGCUCUCCGCCGCGCUCCGCGCCCUCCUCCGACAGCUCCCCCAGCUUCGUGCGCCGCCACCCACGCGCAGAGCCGCACAGCGAAGAUGACAGCCGCGACGCCAGUCCUCCUGAGCCCGCCAGCCCCACCAUCGGCCUGGAUAAGAAGACUCGCCGAAAGUUCCUGGACCUGGGGGUCACCCUGCGCCGAGCAUCCACGGGCAAGAGCCGGAAGGAGAAAGGCAGCAACCGACUGUCCAUGGGCAGCAGGGAGUCAGUGGAGGGGUCCGGCAGGUCAGGGGGCUCCCCGUUCCUGCCUUUUUCCUGGUUCACGGACAGCGGCAAGGGCUCAGCAUCCUCGGGUAGCACCACCUCCCCCGCCUGCUCCCCUAAACACGAGGGCUUCAGCCCUAAGAAGUCAGCUUCCCAGGAAUCCACUGUGAGUGAUGACUCCACGCCCCCCAGCAGCAGCCCCAAGAUCCCCAGUGGGCCCCGGCAGGAGGCCAAAUGUUCUUACCCCUACCACACGCUGUCUCAGUCUUCAGAUGAGUUCCUGGAUGAACCCCUCCCCCCUGUCCACCACUGGACCAGCCAGCAGGUGGGCCAGUGGCUGCAGAGCCUCAACCUGGAACAGUAUGCUGCUGAGUUUGCUGCACGGCAGGUAGACGGGCCACAGCUGCUGCAGCUGGACGGAAGCAAACUAAAGAGCCUGGGGCUCAGCAACUCUCAUGACCGGGCACUGGUGAAGCGCAAGUUGAAGGAGAUGGCAGCGGCUGCCGAGAAGGAGCGCAAGGCCCAGGAGAAGGCUGCGCGGCAGCGGGAGAAGCUCCGGCGCCGAGAGCAGGAGGCCAAGAAGAGCUAGGGGAGGGUGCACAGGCACUGGCACCCAGCAGGGGCAGCCACUGGCUCCGCGGGCACAGGCCUCACCAGGGAGGCUGGACCUGGGCGCUGCACUUGGGCUAGCCUGGUCCCACGCUCUCAGGGGGGACAUGCUCUCUCUUACCCUGUCACUUGGUCUAGACCCAGAGCCCCCAGAAAGGGAGACCCCAGGGAGAGGGCCUAGUAAUAAAUCCUAUUUUGAGGACUUGUUUGGCACAGAGUUCCUGGGGGAGGAGCAGAUGAAGGGGAGAGGGCAGAGAGGCCAGGGCUGAGGCAAGUCUGGCAGCCUGGGUCAGGCUGUCCCAUUGCCCUCAGGCCAUCGUGGGGCUGGGGUGGAGGGGAGCUAGGAGGCCUGCCUGCCUGCUUGCCUGCCAGAGGCCCUGAGGCCGGGCCCCAGGGCUCAGAGCUGGGCUGGGCAUUUCAGCAGGAGCCCAUGUGGGAGCGGCUCCUCUCCACUCUUCCAGGGGACUGUGUGGUGGGAGAGCUCUGUCCUGCUCCCCCAAGAGGCCAGUGGGCGCUGCAGCAAGUCGCACUCAGGGUAGACUCCCAGCCAAACUCCUCAACAGGAGCGCAGAGAAAGCAGCCUGGGGCGAGUGCAGUCUUUGCCAGGACUCAAGAGGGGAGGAUGAACACCCCCUCCUCCCUCUCCCCUCCUCUGUCUUGUGGGUCCCAGGGGGUGAGAUGACACCACACAGGUCUGCCUCUCCGGGCCCAUUCAAGACCUGGUCUUUGACCCAUUCUCCAAGCCAGGACUCCCUUCACUUCCUGCUGCUUCCUCAGAGGGCACCUAAGCCCUCUUUGGGAGCUGAGCAAACAGGAACUGAUAGGGACAGAGGACACCACUUCCACCAGCCAAGGCCUAGGAGCUGCUGACCUGGUCAGCCCUCACCCUAGCCAGGCAGAGAGGCAAAACCUGGGGGUCUCCGGCAGCUACGAGAUUGGAAAGGUUCAUCAGCCCUCCCCCAUCUGCCCCAGGCAUUGUCAGGGAAUCAGUGGGCUCAGAACUGGCAGGCGGUGCAAGCUCUGCUUCCCUGGGCCACACUGAGGGCUGGGGCCAGCUCCCUGGAUGGGGGGUGGAGUUUACCAGCAGCCUGGGGACAGCAUGUGUCCUUUUUAGGAAAUGUCCUUGGAGGAAUUGUUCAUGUGUGGCGCUGGUCAGCAGCUAGUCCCGCUUCCAGGACACUGGUCAGUUACCGAUGAGGCCGGGGGCUCCUGCUUGGAAACCCCUCCAGCUCCUCCCAUCUGCCCACACAGAGCGACAGAUGGCACCAAUGCAUGCUGGCUCCCUCAUUCCUGUCCAGGGGCUGUGGCUUACGGCCAGCACCCUGUACCUGGGACUCAGCCCUUAUCCCCCCUCUGCUAUCUGUGCUGGGAGAGGGGCUUCGGAGGGAAACAGAUAUGAGGACACUGGCACCAUCUGGGCCUGGUGGCAGGGCCAUGGGAGGUUGGAAGGCACCCACAUCCUUAAAGCCAUCAGUAGCUAUAGUGGGUGCCCACCUGCAUGUGAAGGGGAGGCAGUUCUCAAUUUAUUUCAAUAAAUACUUAUGAUGUGCCAGUGACCAGAA